AAUGUCGCAUUAACACAACAAGGCUUUUGUAACUUCUGGGGUUUUAAUUCUUUCAACGAACUAAAAUCUCAGCUAAAAAUCUCCAUCCCUUUUCGUGAGAUCAAAAAGAUAACCCCAACGUAUAAUCUCUCUCUUUUCUUUUUGACUUCCACAAAAAGAGCAACAUAUUUUUCUCAGGAUUGCUUGAAAACUGGAAAAAUCUUUAAGGUUAUAGAUAGACCAAUAAGAGGGAGAUAGAGAUCCCGAAUUUCGAGGAGGUAACGAAUAAGGAUUUGAGAGAAGAACAAGAAUGGUUGCUUCUCUAUCAGCUUGGCCUUGGGGAAACUUUGGCAAUCUAAAGUAUCUUCUGUACGCUCCGUUAGCUGCACAAGUAGUGUACUCGUGGUCUUAUGAGAAAGAUUACUCGAGAGCUCUUUGGUGUCUUCAUAUACUCAUCAUCUGUGGAAUCAAAGGAGUCGUUCAUGUCUUAUGGAGCGUUUUCCACAACAUGCUCUGGUCGAGUCGGACUCUAAGGAUUAACCCCAAAGGUGUCGACUUUAAGCAGAUUGAUCACGAAUGGCACUGGGACAAUUACAUACUCCUGCAAGCAAUAAUAGCGAGCAUGAUCUGUUACAUGUCUACUCCCAUCAUGACGAUGAACAGUAUUCCUCUGUGGAACACGAAAGGAUUCAUCGCAUUAAUUGUGCUACAUGUGACCUUCUCAGAGCCUUUAUACUACUUUCUUCAUAGAUCCUUCCAUCGUCACAACUACUUCUUCACGCAUUACCACUCCUUCCACCACUCAUCUCCUGUUCCACAUCCCAUGACUUCUGGAAAUGCAACGUUAUUGGAGAAUCUUCUCCUCUGUGUCGUAGCUGGAGUUCCUUUGAUUGGACCUUGCUUGUUAGGGGUUGGAUCAAUAAGCUUGAUCUACGGAUACGCUAUCAUGUUUGAUUUCUUGAGAUGUUUAGGACAUUGCAACGUUGAGAUAUUCUCUCACAAGCUAUUUGAGAUUCUUCCGAUCCUACGUUAUCUCAUCUACACUCCAACGUACCAUAGCUUACACCAUCAGGAAAUGGGGACCAACUUUUGUCUGUUUAUGCCUCUCUUUGAUGUAUUGGGCAACACACUUAACCCAAACUCGUGGGAACUCCAGAAGAAGAUUCGUUUGGCUGCAGGGGAACGGAAGAGAGUGCCGGAGUUCGUGUUCUUGGCUCAUGGGGUAGAUGUGAUGUCGGCGAUGCACGCGCCAUUCGUGUUCAGAUCGUUUGCGUCGAUGCCAUACACGACGAGGCUCUUCUUGCUGCCGAUGUGGCCAUUCACGUUCAUGGUGAUGUUGGGCAUGUGGGUUUGGUCAAAGGCCUUUCUUUACAGCUUCUAUACACUCAGGGACAAUCUUUGCCAGACUUGGGCCGUUCCCAGAUUCGGAUUCCAAUACUUCUUACCGUUUGCUACAAAAGGCAUUAAUAAGCAGAUCGAGAAUGCGAUUCUUGUGGCUGAUAAGAUUGGAGUUAAAGUUAUAAGCUUGGCUGCUUUGAACAAGAAUGAAGCUCUAAAUGGUGGUGGAACGUUGUUUGUCAACAAGCAUCCUGACCUUAGAGUUCGUGUGGUCCAUGGGAACACUUUAACCGCAGCAGUGAUUCUCAAUGAAAUACCAAAAGAUGUGAAAGAGGUUUUCUUGACAGGAGCCACUUCUAAGCUGGGAAGAGCAAUUGCUCUUCACCUCUGUCGCCGGGGAGUGAGAGUUCUCAUGUUGACCUUGUCAGUGGAAAGGUUCCAAAAGAUUCAGAGAGAGGCUCCUGCUGAGUUCCAGAACUAUCUUGUGCAAGUGACCAAGUACAACGCUGCCCAACACUGCAAGACUUGGAUCGUUGGGAAAUGGUUAACGCCAAGGGAGCAGAGCUGGGCUCCUGCAGGGACGCAUUUCCACCAGUUUGUGGUGCCACCGAUCCUCAACUUUAGAAGGAACUGCACUUACGGGGAUCUUGCAGCGAUGAGGCUCCCUAAAGAUGUUCAAGGACUCGGACACUGCGAGUACACGAUGGACAGAGGGGUAGUGCAUGCGUGCCACGCAGGAGGAGUGGUUCAUAUGCUGGAAGGUUGGGAGCAUCAUGAGGUUGGAGCCAUUGACGUUGACCGUAUUGAUCUGGUGUGGGAAGCAGCCAUGAAAUACGGCCUUAGGCCUGUUUCUUCAUCCCAAAAUUGAGUAAAGAGAGACCCUUUUGAUUGUCAUCUUUGACUCUCCCAAGAUUGGUCAUUCUUUGUACAGGUGAAGGAUGCAAGCAGGGGAAACAAAAAGAAAGUAGAAUUUCACCUUAUGUUAUUGUUUUACCUUUUAUUAAAGAUGUAUUCCUCUUUUUAGAUUUCCCUGAUAUUAUUAUAUAUAUGUGCACCCAAUUUCCAAGAAAAUUCGACAAACCUUUAA